AUGGAGGCGGAGAGCCUGGAGGCGAGCGCGGACGCGAUGGAAGCCGCAGGGGCCGCCAUCGAGCAGAUCUUGACGCUCGGAGGGAGGCUCCUCGCCGAAAUUGCGCUGCACCGCCUCGUCAUCCACAAUGCUUGGGAGGCCACCCGUGAGGUUGCGUGCUCCCGUGUACAAAUGUGCUUCGUAGACCAUGAGGAGAACGAGGCGGAGGAGGGCGACUGGCAUCCAGAGGAUGAGCCGCCGCCCCCGACGAAGGACAUCUGGGGCAGGAAGCAGAUCGAGGUCGUGCAAUCGAAGAUGGAGGCAUCUCCAAGAGGCUCUCCCCGGCGGGGGCGGAGGAGCUCCAUCAGUCCCACGCGACGGUCCUCUAUGGUAAUGCCGGACCGCAACCAGCAGCGGCGUGCCUCGUGGCUGGCGAUCCGGAGUCGCGUGAUGCCACUGGAGGACCAGGACCUAGAUGCCGAUCUCGAGGACCCAGAUGACUCCCUUCGCCGGGCGCCCGGAAAGGGGCACUUAGCAGAACUAUGA